AUGCCUCAGGAUAUGCCCCCGGCCGGGGGCUACGCCCCGGUCCAGUACAAGCGUAAUAUCCCCGCCCGUGGAUUCCGCCCCAUCUACUACCUCGUCGGCAUGCACCUCGUUAUGGCCUACGGUUACUACAAGCUCUUCCACGGUGUGCGCGAGAUGAAUGAACUCGCCCGUGAGAAGAUCUGGGGUCGUCUCCACCUCGUCCCCCUCCUCCAGGCCGAAGAAGACCGCGACCAGGUCCGCCGACACUUCGCCGACAAGGCCCGCGAGAAGGAGCUCCUCGGUACGGAGAGCAAGGUGUAUAACACCAGCCGCUAUGUCCGCCCUACUUUCGUCUACACCCCCGCCAAUGUCACUCAAUAA